CGCCCCGCCCCGCCCGGCGCGCACGCCUCCCGGCCCUCGCCGCCUGCCGCCCUUCCUCCCGGAUCCCUCAGCUGCGCAGCCCCCAGACUCGCUCGCCGGUGGAGGGACCCGGGACGAGCCAGAGCGCGCUGUUAGCCUGAGGAAGCCGGGGGAGACCCGCUGGGCCGGGCAGAGCCGUCAAGAAUAGCGGAGCCUGCCCCGCACGCCCGGGAGCGAAGUGAGAGCGAGGCAGAGUUACGUGAGGCAGCGCAGAGUAAGUGGGCUCGGGUCCGACUCGAGGUCGGGCUCGGGACCGAGACUGGUGGGCCAGGCCCCCGAGCCGGCGUUACCCCCGGUCUGAGGAGCACCGAGCGGACACAGAGGGACGGACCGAGCAAGGACUCAUGGCCUCGCCAUUCCUGCCCGCGGGGGCCACCACGGGCGACAGCGGCGGCGAGCUGAGCUCGGGGGACGACUCCGGUGAUGUAGAAUCCCUCCAGAGCCCCGAGACCGAGGCGUCCGGGAGCCUGACCGAGCUCUUUGAGAAGGCUGCAGCGCACCUCCAAGGCCUGGUUCAAGUGGCCAGCAGGGAGCAGCUCUUGUACCUGUAUGCCAGGUACAAGCAGGUCAAAGUUGGAAAUUGUAAUACUCCUAAACCAAGCUUCUUUGAUUUUGAAGGAAAGCAAAAAUGGGAAGCAUGGAAAGCCCUUGGUGAUUCAAGCCCCAGUCAAGCAAUGCAGGAAUACAUUGCAGUAGUUAAGAAAUUAGAUCCAGGUUGGAAUCCUCAGUUACCUGAGAAGAAAGGAAAAGAAGCAAAUACCGGUUUUGGUGGCCCCGUUGUUAGUUCUCUGUAUCAUGAAGAAAUCAUCAGGGAAGAAGACAAAAACAUAUUUGAUUACUGCAGGGAAAACAACAUUGACCAUAUAACCAAAGUCAUCAAAUCGAAAAAUAUGGAUGUGAAUAUGAAAGAUGAAGAGGGCAGAACUCUACUCCAUUGGGCAUGUGAUCGAGGACAUAAAGAACUAGUCACAGUCUUGCUACAAUAUAGAGCUGAUAUUAACUGCCAGGACAAUGAAGGUCAAACAGCUCUACAUUAUGGAUCCUUAACCUGUUUGGGGAACUUUCAUAAAACUGCUCUACACCCAGUGUGGAACUUGAACUCAUGACCCCCAAGAUCAAGAGUCGCGUGCUCUACCUACUGAGCCAGCCAGGUUCCUCCUGAACUUCCUGAUUUAAACCUCACUUUACAGUUAGACUUGAGCUAAAAUUUCGCUCACAUUUGUUAGGUUAGGGGAUUGUUAUGUAGCCUGCUUAGCCUUUUCUCAGCUGGUUGGCUGUGGUCCUUUAGAUGUGGAACUUAAAAAUUUAAGCUCUAUUCCUGGGUUAGUACUCAUAUCUUAUAUCCUAUCUCACUGUUGGGAAAGUCGAUUCAUUAUAUGCCAUGUAUGAAAUUAACACUCCUUUGUCUGAGAUGGCCAGCUUAGUGUCUUCAGCCAUAGUACACAUCUACUUAGCCUUGAUCUUCAUGCUUAGGAGCCUUAAGUAUUGGGUUAGAUUUGUGCCAAGUGUAAUCUGACAGAUCGUGGUAGUUAUUAUCCUGUAUUACAGAUUUAUACACUAGGAAAUUUAUUCCUCUGAUCCUGCUUUAAAAGUUCCAAUUUUAAAACCUAACUAAGUGUUUCUUACAGUAAGUUGAGACUGAUAGCUGCGGCAAAAAGGUUAAAUGAUUAUUUCUCAAAAUAUAAAUGUCAUGUAGCUAGUUCUAUACCGGAUAAAUAUCUCUUCUCACAACUACUUGAUACUAGGCAGUGUGUCUUUAACUUUGUUAUAUGUUAUAAGAGACUGCCUUCCAUUGGAAUCCAAUCUGGUGUACAGUGAUUCAUGGUAAAACCAUUUGGAAAUGUAAAACUAAAAUCUUCAUUAUAUUAUUGAGGGACAUCACUUUAAAUUCUUGAAGGGAUAUUGUAUUCCUACACACUUUCUGUUGAAUCCUGGGCUUGGUGGGAUAUUCUGUCUCUGCCUUCCUCCCUGUCUGUGGCAUACCAUAACAAAAUACAAUCUCAGCCCAUUAAUACCUGUCCCAGGACUGGACUAGGCAGUUCUUGCCUUUUUCUCCCUUUUCUCCUACUCUCUAUGUAUUAUUCAUUCAUCCAUCAAAUGUUAAUUUAACAUUUAUAAUCCUGGUAGCUUUCUAAGAAAUCCCACACCACUGAAGACAGAGAUAGGGUUCUCAAAUGGUCUGAUUUUAGCUCAGAGUAAAUUCUCCUCUUCAUCUCUAUUCACUUAGCACCACCUCUGAGCCUGUGUUAUUAUGUAGAGAUUGGUGCCCGAGUGAAGCUGUCCCAAGGAUAUAACUCAUCACAACCUGGUUUUGGCUGUUGGCUCUAUGCCAUUGAACAGCACAUAGCAGGGGGGCCAGAGCUGGAAACACCCACCAGCAGAGGAAAGAGUCAAGGAGCCAGAGAAACUAUCUGAGUAACAAUAAAGAGCAAAAGAAGAAAUAUCACUACUAAAUCAUUUAAAACUAAACUCCUAUAGAGUUCUACUUCCACUUAAGAUAUAGAAAACUAUAAGAGAACAAUGCUCCCAUCCUAACAAGAAGAAAAGGAUAGAUAAUCUACAAGAUUGUUAAUUUCUUGAGCCCAUCAGAUAGCAGAGGUUGCAUGGCAGCAAAGUAAACUGGAUUCCAAAGGAUGACAGUCCCCCACAAGACACACAAACUGUUUCGCCUUCAGUGGAGCACCUAAGGAGGAAGCAGCCACCAUAAACGCUGGUAAGAAAACAGCUAAAAUCGACAGAUUCUUAAAGUGAGUUAGUCUGACAUUCUAGAGUAACAGGGAGCCUCAGACCCAAGAGGAAUCCUCAUUCACAUGCUCUUUGCCAUAAACUGGGAGAACCAUAAGAGGAACUGAGAACAGAGAGAGCCCUUCCCCGUGACACACAGGCAUGAAACCCUGCCAUUUCCCUGGAUUCUUAUUUCAUACAAAGCAAAAUGCUUAAGACCCUCAGGAAGAGCAGAAAACUUUUCUGUCCUCUUCUCUUGUCCCCAGGCUCAGGCAGAUUUCCACUGCUUUUGAAGGAGGAGUAAAAGCAAAAUCUGUCUGCCACUCGGGAAGGACAGGGAACCCUACACUGACACCAAGCAGACAUUUCUUGCCACUGAGGGCAGGGCAUGAAGCUCUCUCCCUCUCCAGAUAUGUUUUCCCUCAUACAAGGUAGAGUUUGGUUGACAUCUGGGGGGCAGGGAUGCAGGAACACUGAGAAAUUGCCACCUCUGAGGACCUGCCUAAGACUGAGACCAGCCCAAAAGGACAAAGAGGCCAUGAGGCAUGCCCUAAUAAGCAAUCGCACUCUUAUUGAUGGAGAAGGAGCAAGAGUGCAGAGAGAAACUCCCUCUGUAGUAGACGUGCAGAGACUGCUGAAGGCUGCG